CAUCUUGUUCCCAUAAAGGCUUUCUUUGCUCAACGCAACAUCUGUUUCUGUCUCGUCUGGUACGGUCAGAACUGCAAACACUCCUUCAACUGUCAAACAGUGUGUAACGACCCUCUUUCGCCGCCAUGUUCUCCAAAUCCGUUCUUGCGACAGCCGCCAUACUGGGCGUCUCGGCUGUCAAGGCACACAUGAUCAUGACCGACCCUGUCCCCUACGGAAAAUCGACUCUCAACAACUCGCCCCUCGCGGCCGACGGCAGUGAUUUCCCUUGCAAGCUGCGGUCCAAUACCUACGAAAUCAGCGAAUGGAACAAGGCCAAGGUUGGUGAGAGCAUGCCCUUGACCUUUGAGGGCAGCGCCACCCACGGCGGCGGUUCCUGCCAGAUCAGUCUUACCACAGACCUGGAACCAUCCAAGGACACCGAAUGGAUGGUCAUCAAGUCUUUCGAAGGUGGAUGUCCCGCCAACGUUGACGGAAACCUCUCGGGUGGUCCGACUUCUGCCGAUCCUUACUCAUUCAACUACACGAUCCCGGAUGGUAUUAGUCCUGGAAAGUAUACACUCGCCUGGACUUGGUUCAACCGCAUUGGAAACCGCGAGAUGUACAUGAACUGUGCUCCCCUCGAGGUCGAGAGUGGCUCCUCUUCCAAGCGGUCCGUUGUCGAGAAGAAGGUCGAAAAGCGCUCCUCCAGCUUCCCUCCCAUGUUUGUCGCCAACAUCAACGGUUGCACCACCUCCGAGGGUGUCGACAUCCGGUUUCCCCAGCCUGGUGACGACGUCGAAUAUGAUGGCGAGCCCAGCAACCUGGCGUCCGCUGGUGCUGCCGCCUGUACCGGCACCCCCACUUUCGCCGCGGCUGGUGACUCUAGCACUGGCUCUUACUCUGGCUCUGGCUCCGGGUCUGGUGGAUCUUCUACCUCUGCCAUUGUCACCGCUGCUCCUGCCACGACCCACGUCAACACCGAGCUGAUUACUACAGCGGCGGGCGUUGUUGCGAGCACCAAGUCAGCUGCUCCUGCAGUGAACACUGCCCCCUCCAGCUCGGAAAGCAGCGGUUCCAGCUCAGGCUCUGGGUCCAGCUCUGGUUCCAGCUCCGGCGCCGGCUCGGGCUCCAGCCCCAACCCCAGCCCCAGCUCCGGCGCAAGCUCCAGCUCCAGCUCCGGUUCCCUUACUGGAUCUUGCAGCGUGGAGGGCGAGUGGAACUGCAUCAAUGGCUCUUCUUUCCAGCGUUGCGCCAACGGCCAGUGGUCUCAGGUUCAACAAAUGGCCACGGGUACCCAGUGCACUGCGGGACAGAGCUCAAACCUGGCCAUCUCUGCGAUCAAGUUGAUGCCGCGUACUAUGAAGGAAGGCCGCUCCAGGCGCCACGGUCACGGCGGCCAUGUACACGCAUGAAUAUGCAUUGCACAAUGCGAUACGGAUGGCUAGUCCAUGCCGAUUGAUAUUUA